UCCCUCAGGGCGCGGAGUGCGCAGGCGGGCGCGAUGGCGGCCGGGGAUGGCGGCGAUGAGGUGCGGGUGCUGCAGAACCUGCGGGGGAAGAUCUAUGACGCCAAACACUUAGUACCCAACAAAAUGAGAGACUUUUUCUGUACCAUAAACUUGGACCAGGAAGAAGUUUUUCGUACACAAGUAGUUGAAAAAUCUUUAAGCCCUUACUUUGGGGAAGAGUUUUACUUUGAGAUUCCGAGAACAUUCCAGUGGCUGUCCUUCUACAUUUACGAUAAAAGUGUUCUGCAGAAAGACCUGCGGAUAGGAAAGGUGUCAAUCAAAAAAGAAGAUUUGUGCAACUACACGGGAAAAGAGAACUGGUUUAUGCUUCAACCUGUUGAUUCUAAUUCAGAGGUCCAGGGAAAAGUUCACCUUGAAUUAAAACUGAAUGAACUGAUAACAGAUAAUGGAUCUGUGUGCCAACAACUAGUAGUACACAUAAAGGAGUGCCAUGGGUUGCCUCUUAUAAACGGACAGAACUGUGACCCUUACGCAACAGUCUCUCUUGUGGGGCCUUCCAGGAAUGACCAAAAGAAGACCAAAGUCAAGAAGAAAACGAGCAACCCGCAGUUUAACGAAACCUUUUAUUUUGAGGUGACCAGGUCCAGCAGUUACACCAAGAAGUCCCAGUUUCAGGUGGAAGAAGAAGAUAUUGAGAAAUUAGAAGUCAGGGUUGACCUGUGGAAUAAUGGGAAUCUGGUACAAGACGUCUUUCUAGGAGAAAUUAAAGUUCCUGUGAAGGUGUUAAGAAAUGAUUCCUUUCAAGCAUGGUACUUACUGCAACCCAAAGAAAAUGGAAACAAGUCUUCUAAAACGGAUGAUUUGGGAUCACUUAGAUUAAAUAUCUGUUACACUGAAGACUGUGUCCUUCCAUCUGAAUACUACACUUCCUUAAGGAACCUGCUGCUAAAAUCUUCAGAUGUUCAGCCCAUUUCUGCAUCCGCUGCCUACAUCCUGAGCGAGGUGUGUCGGGACAAGUACGACGCCGUGCUGCCCCUCGUGCGACUCCUGCUGCACCACCACAAGCUGGUCCCCUUUGUUGCUGCAGUGGCAGAACUGGAUCUGAAGGACACCCAAGAAGCAAACACAAUCUUCAGAGGCAACUCAUUAGCAACUCGGUGUGUAGAUGAAAUGAUGAAAAUAGUGGGGAAGCACUACCUGAAGGUUACUUUGAAGCCUGUUAUUGAUGAGAUCUGUGAGUCUCCCAAGCCCUGUGAAAUAGAUCCCAUCAAACUAAAAGAAGGGGAUAAUGUAGAAAGUAACAUGGACAAUCUCCGCUACUACGUGGACAAAGUGUUCCGGGAAAUCGUGCAGUCCAGUAUAAGUUGUCCCACCCUCAUGUGUGAUGUUUUUUAUUCCUUGAGGCAUCUGGCUGCCAAAAGAUUUCCAAAUGACCCUCAUGUGCAGUACUCUGCAGUGAGCAGCUUUGUGUUUCUCCGUUUCUUUGCUGUAGCCGUAGUCUCACCUCAUACUUUUCAUUUACGACCUCACCAUCCCGAUGCACAGACUUCUAGAACAUUAACUCUCAUAUCCAAAGCCAUCCAGACUUUGGGCAGCUGGGGAAGUUUGACCAAAAGCAAACUUUCAAGUUUCAAGGAGACGUUCAUGUGUGAGUUUUUCAAAACAUUUCAAGAAGAAAAAUUUACGGAAUCUGUUAAAAAGUUCCUAGAUGACGUUUCCUCUACUGAAAGUAAAGAGCCAAGUGGUCUGAGUGAGCCAGUGCAUCUCAAAGAAGGAGAAAUGUACAAAAGAGCUCAGGGGAGGACUCGGAUCGGGAAAAAGAAUUUCAAGAAGCGGUGGUUCUGUUUAACAAGCAGAGAAUUCACAUACCACAAACAGCAAGAUAAAGAACCAAUUUUCACUAUUCCGAUCAAAAACAUCCUUGCAGUGGAGAAACUUGACGAGAACUCCUUCAACAAGAAAAAUAUGUUUCAGGUCCUUCACGGGGAAAAGCCGCUCUAUAUCCAGGCCAAUAACUGUGUGGAAGCCAGCGAGUGGAUCGAGGCUCUGUGCCGGGUCACGAGGUGCAACCAGAAGAGGCUGAGCUUCUACCACCCGUCAGCGUUCCUGAACGGGAGCUGGCUGUGCUGCAAGGCCACCGUGGAGAGCAGCGUGGGCUGCGCGCGCUGCACCGCAGAUGUUCCUGCCGAUACGCAAAUUGAGAUUGAUGGAGACAGAGAGACAGAAAGAAUUUACUCACUUUUCACUAUCAACAGGUCUAAACUACAGAAGCUGGAAGAGGCCUGUGGGAGCAUAGCGGUCUACCAAGGUCCACGGAAAGAGCCUGACGAUUACUCCAACUUCACCAUCGAAGACUCCGUGGCAACUUUCCACACCCUGAAGCAGAUAAUAGAUGUGGUGGAAAAGCUGAAUGAAUCCCAUGAAAAAUACCAAAAGAAGAGAUCCUCCAGUGCCAAAUAUGGUAGUGAAGAAAAUCCAAUUGUUGGAAAAGUUUCCUAACGAACUGUGGCACACUUGGAUGAAAAAAAACCAACCUGGAAAUGUUCUAGAGCAUUUUGGGGUUUUUUUGUUUCAUUUUUUUGGGUUUUUUUUCUAAUUCAUUAUCAGCAUUUUUGCCAAGUAUUUAAGAAUGAACGUAAAUGCUAGUUGUGUUGACAAUCUAUUUAAUAUUUAAUAGAAAAAUACCUUCUUGGAAAUCUGGUCUUUAAGGUUUAUUCUCAUUUUGCUGAAGAGCUUGAGGUUCCAGGUUCUUGGAGUGACAGGUGUGAAUAAAUCUAAACGUUGUUGUUGCCAUCAUUGUCUCAUUGGAAGGAACUUUCCAAACAAAUAAGCUUUUCAGUGGAAGAAAAUCCACACUGCAUUUGCUGGUUGGAGGACACCUCUCAACACACACACUGCAUGAGUUGACCGUGAGUGCCUGCCCUGCUGAUGAGGAUGCUGAACUAGAAAUCCCAAGAUUUCAUGACCUGGAAAAGAUCGGGAGCUUCACAUUCCAUACAUUUGACUCUUUUUUUUUUAUUAUUUUUCCUUGUAUUAGGUGUUGUCAGGACUUGAUUUAUCUACAGGUGAAGUUUCUACAAAAUCUGGGCAGCAGAUACCAGUGUUAGUUGUGUCAUUACUAAAGAAGAAAUCAGGGAACUUAAGUUGUACCUCUUGUUUACAUUUGGGGUGAGGAAUAUAUGGAGUGACAUUGGACCACUGUAUUUUUCUUUAGCAGUUUUGAAGGUACAUAUUUUUUCUUAAUCGAAAAAGAGAUGCAGGGUAGCAACAUUCCUUUUAAAAUAGGUUUGCCUACGGAAAAAUUUAAAUGUGAACAGAUUGUGGUUAAGUACUGAUCAAUUAACAUCAUCCUGUGGAGGAUUUUAUUUCUUGUUUUUAUAAAAAGUAGUAACCAUGUCCAGCUCAACUUUUGACUACAAAUCUAAUAAAUAAUCUCUAUUAUAAUCACUCAAAGCACUUUAGAUAUCUGGACUACCCCAGAUUAUUUUUAGAUACUUUGUAGUAUCUGCUUGUUAUGAUCAGUUGAAUGAUCAACAUUGUUUUGUCUUUAAGCAAUGCUUCAGUGAAUAUUUUUGUAUCUUUAGUUACGUGGGUUCGUAUUUGCCACUUAACACAAUUUUAAACUGGCAUUCCUGACUUUGGUAAGAUUAAUUUUUGCUCACUUCAUCUGAGAAGUUAGGUUUAUGCUGAGAAAACAUACAUGUAUAUAACCAGGAAGAAGCAAAGAUAUUACUGUGGCAACUUUGCUUCAUCAGUAUUAAAUACAAUGGUACUCCUUGGAAUAUUAUUUUUAAUAAAAGUUAUAUGUGGUACUUUUAUUUUUGGACUAUUUUCUGUGGGGUCUUUUGUUGUUUUGCUGGGUGUUUUUGUGGGUUUUUUUAGGUUUUGGGUUUGCUUUGUUUUUCCAAUCAAGAUUUGGCCAGAUUAAUUAGAAAUGUACCUUAGGAUAGAAAUCCACAAUGCUUGAAACAGUAAAGCUGUUGAAAUGACCAUAAUAAAUUUACACUGUUGGAGGGAGGCUUUCUGGAACAGCAGGAGGUGGCAAGACAGGAUUGAACCCUCUCUUGGAAUGAAUGGAACCUGGUAAAAUGACUGUUUGGUUUAACUCCAAACUGGUUCAGAAUAUCCAGGGUUCAUUGGUAGUGUCUGCCACAUCACAAUCAUUUCAUCACCUCAGCUGCUUUUGCCUUUUCCCUUUUUACAGAUUUGAUGUGUUUGAAGGGAAUUUAAUUUGCCAGCUGUUAAAACUGGGGGAGAAUACAGUAAGGCCAAGGUAAAGGUAAAGAUGAAUUGCCAUUAAUCAAAAGCUACCAUUAAACAAAGCUGAAUGUGGUCGAGUGUCAGUUAGGAUUUAUCAGGUAUGGAUUAACCCUGUGGCAAAUUGUCUGUUCCUUGGAUCCAGUUCUUGUUGUUUUUCAAGUCAAAUUUAUGAAAAAUUGAGUUGUAUACUCUUGCAACAUUGUUGGUUUUUUUUUAAUAUGCACUUUUUUUUUUGCUUUGGUACUGGAAUAUUGAAAUAAAAAACAAAGGCCAUUGAAUAUUUGUGAACAUUAAGAUUUGAUUUCUCAUAAUGAUUUGAAAUUCAGUAGAUGUUCUAGAAUUUAAUUAGGUACAAGUAGGAUGAUGAAUAAUAAAAGUUGCCUUCAUUUUGAUUAGUCUAGAAAGGUGAUGUUAUUCAGUAAUUAGUUCUGUUAGGCUUGUAAAAAUUUUAAUUUUUAUGAUGAUGAUGUAUUGUUGAAUGUAUUUUUAUUUAAAUUUUAUUUUCGUAUCGAGACAUUAAAAUGUUUUGUAACAUCGCUUGAGAAUAACUCAGAAAUAAAUCCCAACAAAGCUGA